AUGGAAAAAGCUAAAAAUGUCCUGGAAAGAGUUGUUUUGAAUGGAGAUCCGAAUUUAGAUUUGUCUUCUUUGGAUCUUGACUCUUUGCCGUGUGAUAUUCUAUCUAAAACACUCCGUCAUGUCACCAUUUUGAACGUCGAUUACAAUGAUUUGAAAUACUUACCAAACGAGAUUUCUGUCUUAUUUUCAUUGAAAGAACUAUCCGCAACGGGUAACCAGCUGAAAGAACUUCCGUAUGCUAUGGUAGAGCUAAAAAAACUGGAAUCACUUCACCUAAACGAGAACUGCUUACACGAAGUGCCUGCCUUUUUAGCGCAGCUGCAGCAUUUGCAAAUUCUGGACGCCAUUGGCAAUGGAAUCGAAUCCUGGAAGGAGGGACUUGCGGAAUGUCUGUUGGAACUGCGGCUGGAUGAGAAUAACCUGACAACCCUACCCGAGUCUUUCAGUCGUAUGAGGAAUCUAAAGGUAAUGGAGUUGGGAGAUAACAAUCUGACAAGCUUGCCAGAGGAUAUGGGUGCACUGAGCAAGCUAGAAAUCUUAAACUUAAGCCAUAACAACUUGUCUAAUCUACCACACUCACUGGGAGACCUACUUAAUUUAAAGAUGUUUGACCUAAGUGGUAACAAGAUUGAAAAUCUACCAGAAAAAUUUCAUUCUGCCAACACCAUAGAAAAUCUCUUUAUUGACAAUAACUAUCUGAAGUCCUUGCCUGCUUGGUUUGGACAGUUGAGUCACAUCAAGAAUCUAGGAAUAGCGGACAAUGAGUUGUCAGGAAAUCCUCUUCCAGAUUCCUUUGGAACUGCAUCUGGAAAGACAUUGAAAACUCUGGAUCUUUCUGCAAACAACAUCUCAAACUUACCAGAAACUAUAGGGGACUUAAAGAAGCUGGAGAAGCUGAAGCUUGGAAGUACAAUUUGUGAACUGGAAAGAAGGGCAUUUCAAAAUGGAAACUGGCUUUUAACACUGCCAAGUAGCUUUGGAUGGAUGUUGAACCUACAGAAGUUGCAUUUAGACGAGAAUCAGUUAGUGGAGUUGCCAGAAAACUUUGGUUAUCUAGAAAAUUUGGAAUGGGUUGAUUUUGGUCAAAAUCGUCUGCAAAGAUUGCCUCCCUCAUUUUGUUCCCUGUCUAAGCUUUGGUACCUUCAGCUGUCUCAAAACUACCUAAAAACUCUUCCUGAUGAUUUUGGCAAUCUAACUAGUCUGAUUGAAUUAAGGUUGAACAACAACUACCUUACAGAGCUCCCCAGUUCAUUUGCAAAUCUGACUAGACUUCAAACUCUUGAUUUGUUCCACAAUGAACUCACAAAGAUUCCUAAAGAACUGUUGAAUCUUAAGAUGCUCUUGAGACUGGACUUGGAUAAAAAUAAAUUUAAACUGAAAGCAUGGAAAGUUCCAAAGUUGACAAAGCAAGUUAAAUAUCCAGACAGAGAUCCGAGCUUGAAAGAAGACUGGCGUGGAAAGGUGAGGGAGGAUUAUAUCGACACUGGUGAGGUGAAAACUAUUGAGAUACUUAAUGAUGUCAAUGAUACAGGUGAAGAUGACUCUGAUGAGGAUGAUGUUGAUGGCCUAAGUUAUAGUGAAGCAGCUUUAGAAUAUGCCAUGAAAAGAAGUUUGUCAAUUUGGAAGUCACAUGAAGGUGGGUAAUUUCAGAAUUGGCUUUGGAUCAUGUUCAAUUCUCAGAUCUAGAGCUUAUUUGUGCAAAGUCCUGAUCACUUAACCCUUUCACUCCCAAGAUCUCAUCAGUAAUUCUCCUUGCUGUCUGCCAUAUAAUCUUUACAAGGUUACUUUGGAGAAUUUGGUAUUUGAUCUAGUAAAUGUUGUGAUAAUCCCCUCAGUGAUAUCUUCUUAUUAUCAUCCCUUGUCUGCUUGAUAUUGUAAGGAGAAAUUAUGUCUUUGUCGCUCAUGAGAGUUAAAGGGUUAACAGAACUGAAGCAAUGUUUUUAAUUCUAAAUCGUGGGGCAGGUCUUAGCUCAAAAACCUUUCCAUUUAUUUUUGUUUCCUGAUAUCUGUAUUGUUACCCUUAAAUAACUUUUAAUGUGCUCUUUUUGAUUUGGGACAUGGUAAACACAAAACAAUUUUGUAGGACCAGUAACUCCAGGACUUAACCCUUUGACUGCGAAGAUUGACUAGCAUCUAAUUUUUCCUUACAAUAUCACCCCUGAGUCAAACAUUAAGGUCAUGAGAAUAAAGGAAAUGAUCAGCAACUAAAGAAGCUCUUGAACGUUCAACAAAUUCUCCUUGUCAGCACCUUGGGAACUGUAUAGAGAACAGUAUGGAGAAUAUGCAUACUGAUGUUAGGGUGUAAAGGAUUAUGGGAAAUGAGCUUCUGAUAUCACCUGUAGAGCCUCUAUAUCCCACACAUUCCUCUCCUGUAUCCCUUCAUCCUUCUUCUUUUGUCCAAUCUGUCCCCCAGCCCCACCUCCCUCUUUACCUUUGAGGCAUUUUAUCCACUUAUUAAAUUAUUAAAAUUAACCUUUUUUUUAUCUUUGCAACAGGCCCAGAUGAGAGAGAGGUUCAUGAUAGAGAACAAACUACAAGAGGUUUAAUUCCCAAGUUUCCCUCAAAAUACCAACCUCAGGAGACAGAGACCAUUGUUGAACUUUCUAAAACCAUUUAUAAUGAAAUUUUCAAAGAUGCUGAUGAUUUAUCUGAGAAUGAGUCCAAUAUGAGAAGUCUAGCUCAGUUGGAAGACCAUGCAGACACAAAAAAUGUGAGCAUCAACAAUCUAUCAAAUGGAGCUCUAUUAGAAGGACCUCAGCAAGAUGGACCUCAGUCAAGAGGGUCUCUGUCAGAUGGGCCAUUGCCAAGUGCACUGGACACAGUUGAGGACUGGGAUAAGGAGAUUGAAGAUUCCUUGGCUUACAAUCUUGUACUGGAAACGUUUAAGCAAAGGAGUUAUAACAAAGUUAAUUUUCAAAACCAACUGCAAAACUUGCUUUACUCCUAUCCUCCUGCAUCCCAAGCCUUCACCAAGACAGCAAACUAUGAAUCAGCUGUUUACUCAUUCCCUGCACCACAUCUGUGCAGUGAUCAGGUGUCUUGCUCCUUAGAUGCUGGGCAGUUUGAUGAUGCUGAUGAGGAGGUGCUUGCUAAAUUGUGAGUCUUGUUUAAGAUACAUCUUGUUUGAAGUUUUAGCCAAUAAUAAUCAUCAGUUAUGCUCUGAACCUCAGAGGUUUAGUAUCACAUUUGUUGUGUUACAUUUGUAAAUUUUAGAUGGAAUGAAUUAGCUAUUCCUUUUUU